CUACGUUACUUCCGAGAGUCGCGUUGGCGUUUUCUAAACAGACAGACAUUUCGAUGAAGACAGUCCAGGUCAGAAGAUGUGGCGACUGUAACUGAAUCUGGAGACAGAUACACGGAUUGGACAUGCCCAGGUUGUUCUACCAUGGACACAGACAUGAUACCAACAUUCACUUCAAAGGACCAGGAGAUUGACUACUGGAAGGCCUUAUCCCUCAAGUAUAACAACAGCACAAACAGAUCCUGGUCCAGGCUGACAUAUCUGACUACCAGUUACCAUGAGGCCCAGGAGGAGUUGCUGGAGUUCCAGGAAGGGAGCAGAGAGCUGGAGGCGGAGUUAGAGGCCCAGCUAGGACAGGCUGAACACCGCAUCAGAGACCUGCACACAGAGAACCAAAGACUGAAGAGCGAGCUGGACAACCUCAAGGAGAAGUUGGAGCAGCAGUAUGCUCAGAGCUAUAAGCAGGUCUCCAUGUUAGAGGAUGACCUGGGACAGACCAGAGGAAUCAAGGAACAGCUUCAUAAAUACGUCAGAGAACUGGAGCAGGCCAACGAUGACCUGGAGAGAGCCAAGAGGGCGACCAUCGUAUCUCUGGAGGACUUUGAGGGUCGUCUGAACCAGGCCAUAGAGAGGAAUGCCUUCCUGGAGAGUGAGCUGGAUGAGAAGGAGUCUCUACUGGUCUCAGUACAGAGACUGAAGGAUGAAGCCAGAGACCUGAGACAGGAGAUGGUGGUGAGGGAAAGGACUGCAGACAGAAUGUCAGCCCCCAGCUCUCCUACCCUGGACAUGGACAAGAUGCACUCUGCUGUCCAGGCCUCCCUGUCCCUGCCUGUCACCCCUGUAGGGAAGGGUAUGGAACACCCGUUCAUCAACCCUAAAUCAUCAGUGUUAACAAAUGGCUGUGGGCCUGGCGGCUCACCUCUGACCCCAUCAGCAAGAAUCUCUGCUCUUAAUAUCGUUGGGGACCUUCUUAGAAAAGUUGGGGCGCUGGAGUCCAAGCUAGCUGCAUGUAGGAACUUUGCCAAGGACCAGGCCGUGAGGAAAACCUACUCCACGUCGUCCACCAACAUGAUCACUGGGAACGGAAACCUCAUCAACAGCAACGCCACCAAGUUCUCCCACUCACUACACACCACCUACUACGACAAAACGGCUGUGAAUGGACUGGACCCCAGCACCCUGACUGCCCUGGCGUCGCCCCGGAAUGUCUCCCCUCCUGGCAUGCUGCCUCUCACCGUUUAGCAUGGCCCCAACCUCUGUACAAGCUCCUCGCAGAACAAGGGUACCCCUCAUCCUUCACCCCAACCUCGCCCCCCCAAAUCUCUGUACAACUCCUGUACGCCCCGCAGAACACUGAGAGGAGAGAACACUUGAAGAACCGUUACUGUGUGUGUGUGUGUGUGUGUGUGUGUGUGUGUGUGUGUGUGUGUGUGUGUGUGUGUGUGUGUGUGUGUGUGUGUGUGUGUGUGUGUGUGUGUGUGUGUGUGUGUGUGUGUGUGUGUGUGUGUGUGUGUGUGUGGGAGAGACACUUGACUGAAUGAUUGAAAAGGCCUCACUCACCUAUGAGUGGGGUGGGGUUGGAUGCUGAGUGUGUUUGUGUGUAUUUAACAUACAGGCACAUGCCUGAGCUUUGCUCAUGUGGAUGAUGUGUUGGUGACCUCUGUGCUCUGGAGUGUCUCCAUUUUGGCUCCAUUAGUUUAUCAGUUUCACUCUAUAACAGCUAUAUAACAGCAACUGUACCUGACAAAGGUCCCCAACGGACUGCAGCUUCCUUCCUCUAAACUUUUAAUUUUCUUCUCUGAAUGAAUUGCACAAUUACAAAUAAUUUAUAUAUACAAUGUUGUAUUUAAAAAUGAAAAGGGACUUUUUGCAAAGUUAGAUGAUUUCAUCAUUACUGUAUGUAUGCUUUAAGAUGCAAUAUUUCCUGUUUGUUUGUUUGUUUGUGUUUGUUAUGGGGUCAGAUGGAGUUGAUGACCCUUAACCCCCAUGUCCAGAAGAAUGACUGAAUUAAUGUUUACUGUGUUCAGCCUGUGAUCAGAACCAUGUUCUCUUAUUGGGCUCCAUCUCAAUAGUCCAGUUAAUAGCCUCCUCUCAUCUCAAUAGUCCAGUUAAUAGCUUCAUCUCCUCUCCUUCCUCUCAAUAGUCAAGUUAGUCUUGGAGAGAAUGAGAAAACAGGACCGGUAAAAGCAGUAUGGAUGAUCUAUCUCUACCAGAAAUGAGCUUUCACCUCUAAUUUCUUUCCCAUCAGUGCAGAGGAGGGAAAGGAGAGAAGAUGAGGAAACCACUUUAUACUAUUGAGAUGCACCUCCAAGUCCCUAUUGUCCUGGAUGUGGGCUGACCAGACAGAACAGACCGGUCAGCUGGUGGACCAUCUGUAGUCUGGUAGGGAGGGAUG